AUGCAGUCCCGCCGGGGAUCCCGCAAGGCGUGUGCCCUUUGCCACGAGCGCAAAGUCAAGUGUGAUGGAGCGACACCAAGUUGUCGGAACUGUUUGCGAGCCCAAGCUCUUUGCCGACCGCAUGAGCGGCGCCGCCGGCUCACAAUUCGCACACCAGAGCGAAGUCCAACCCAACCUCCGACAGCUGUGGAGAGGCUCGCUUGGUUGCAAAAUGAACUCCUGCGGGUUUUGGGUCUGGAUGUCCACCAGGUGAACACUGGCACUGCACUUGACUCUCUCCCGCGGUGUCAGCAUCUUUUGCGCGCUCAGGGUGCGCCUUGUUCGCAAAACGCCGGUGCUCGAGCACCGGCCCCGACAUCGCAGAGUGAGGGAGACCCAUCCGAGACGUCUCCUGAGAUGGACCCGAACAUUCCCCUUUUGGCGUUCAACGCCACGGGCGAAGCUCGGUACUUGGGUGCAUCGAGUGGCUCCGUUUUCGCCAGAUUUAUUGCAAACACGGCCAGAUCGGUUUUACCACAGGGGGCUACAGGGCCCGGCCUUCAACCACAUGUAUAUGAGCCUUCGCAUGUCAACCGUCCCGCCGUUUCCUUCAGUCCCACAAAUUGGAGAAAGUCAGCAACAUUUGCUUUCCUCUUACGAUGUUAUCUAAAGUGGGUUCACAGCUGCUACCCUUUGUUUCUGUCCCAGGAUAUUGCGGCGCUCGAGUCCAUGAGCUACUCAGAGGAGCCCCCCCGGGAAACUGGGGAUACGACUAUCAUUUUCUACCUUAUCAUGUCGAUAGGUGCUGUUCAUGCCGAACAGAAGCACCUUCUCGAUCACUUCCAGGGGGAUGCGGGCCUGCGGCAGUAUCAACAUGACGCUUCGACUCGUGGGGUCUCAUCGGAGGCAUUAUACCGAAAGGCUAUCGGAGUGCUUGCGUCUGAACCGUCGAACUUGACUCCCCGUAUCUCCUUGGUGCAGACUCUUGUUUUGAUAUCGAUCUAUGCCUCCCACCGCCCAUCUGACAAUGAGCAAUGGCAUAUUGUGGGAAUGGCCAUGCGUAUAGCAAUAGAGCUAGGUUUACAUCGACACAACAACGCCUGGAAGUUCACCGUGGAUGAGCUUGAACUCCGGCGUCGAGUAUUCUGGACGACCUACGCCAUCGAAAUCACAGUGGCGUUCAAUCUAGGUCGUCCGGCUAGUAUAUCCUUUCAAGAUGCCGAUGCGCCUUUUCCUAGGAAUUCAGAGGAAACCGCUCUCUCAAUUCACCAUAUCAAACACCGACAGAUUCAAGAACAAAUGCUGUGCUUGGUCUAUCGAAGCAGACCACAUAAUGCAGUCGCCAUGUCGGAGUUCGAUAACUCCAUGUCGAAUAUAGAAAGCCUUCAGCAAAGCCUAGACGAAUGGCAUGGGGGGCUGCAUGAGCUGUAUCGCCAGUCAAGCUCGCCCUACCCCGUUGAGUACUGGGACCGACUUUACUAUUCAACCUCUGCCGCUCUUUCCCGGCCGACCACUCUGUUUCCCCGGCCUGGACCCGAGCUUCAGACGAGGUGCUUUCUGUCGUCGUACCGGGUGAUUGAAAUCCAUGAAACACUUAUCCGGAAAUUCCGGCUUCCUUACUCCUGGAUGUUGCUACAAGGUCUUGUAUUCUCAGCCAUCUCGAUGAUCGUGACAACCAGAACAAGUACCACGGUAUUAGCCAAGGAGUUCGGAGCGGACAGAUUUCUAGACAUUCUGACCAGGGGUGUGCGCAAUUUCCACGUUGUCCUGGCCGUAAUGAGAGAAAGGUGGACUGGUCUGGCGAUCAGACAUCUGGAAGAGUUACUUAACAAGCUGUGCCAAGAUACUUUGAGAUAUACGAUUAAUGUCCUGGCGAAACAAUCUUCUGCAAGAGCCUCGUCUCUGCAGUCAUCAGUGCAUCCUGGUCUUUUGUCUGGGAAUCCGUCUUCAUCCUGCCCGGACGCAAGGGAAGUUGAGCCAGGAGCUACAACUGGCAUUUCAAAUGACCAACGUCCUCCGAAUGAAGAGCAAUUUCCUCGCGGUCUGCUGGGCGAGGGGGCGUAUCAAGAAACGAACGUUCAAUUCGAGCCUGCUAUCGACUCGGGGUUUUCAGAACUGUAUCUUGGGGAGGACUGGUGGGCUUUUGAUACCUUGUUCGAACUGGACGAACUCAGAACUUUCUUUGAUUUUUUCCCAAUCGAGCCAUACGGGAUAUGA